AUGUUAGAGGUCAACACAACCCUGAAGACAAUAUCUCUGUCAGGAAACCAGCUCAGUGACAAAGACGCUUUCUUCUUUAUUGAUGCCUUGAAGAGUAAUAUAUCACUGACAUCUCUUGACUUCAGCAACAACAACUUUGGGGAGAUGGCAGGUGUCUAUAUAGGGGGUGCUCUGGCAGUCAAUGACAGCUUGCAUGACCUUGACCUGAGUUGGAAUGCAAUCAGAGGAAAGGGAGCAAUAGCUAUGGCUGAAGCAUUAAACAAAAACAAUACCUUGGAGGUACUAGACUUGGCGUGGAAUGGUUUUGGUGUGGCUGGAGCCUCAGCCCUACAACAAGCCCUUAGAGUAAACACCAAGCUCAAAGUGCUGGACCUCAGCAACAAUCGAUUAAACAAGGAGGCUGCCAAACACCUUUGUGGGGGAAUUAGUCAGAACUUUGGCCUUGAGACUUUACUGCUGAACCUAAAUCCACUGGCAGAUGAUGGUAUAGAACUCAUUCUGCAAGGCUUAGCACAACAGGAAAGUUUGCGAUAUGUUUCACUAGAGAACUGUGGGGAGAUGAAUGUAAACCCUGCCAACUACAAGAAGAUAAAGGAGAUUGAAGAAUCCAGGGACAUUAGUAUCCUCCACGGGGGCAUGGGAGGAUAUCAGAGAUACUCGUCUCAAGAAAGUGUACUUCGUGUCCUGUCACGAUUUCUAAGGGAGCACCGUUCACAGCUGACUGAAGCAUGUCAUCUACAGGACAAGGACAAAAGUGGCAUUCUGUCUACAGAUGAACUUAAAGUGGCCUUCAGAGAGGCAGGACUCCGACUUACUAAUAAGCAGAUGAGCCUGUUGAUUGAUGAUAUAGACUCCAGACAUACAGGAAGUGUAAAUUAUGGAGACAUUCUCAGUGGAAAGGCAUUGGGUGAUUUCUACAACAGGAAGCCUUCUCUGGGUGCCACCGUUGCCACAACCUACAAUUCAAGACCAAACAGUGGCCACAGUAGCUAUGGACAACAUGUCACAGUGGCCUGA